UUGCUCUGGGCAGUCACAACCCUCACAACAAGAAACUCUCCGGACAUAACUGGCGUCUGCGACAACAUCCACGACUGCCGAACCCUCUACGACAUUGUCUCUGGAUGUGUCCUUACUGUCUUUGCCUGUGUAUGGGUAUCCGUCCACCCAAAUCUUCCUCCGCGGUCUACGCGAGCGGAGCCGACAUUGCUGGACGGAACACUAGCUUUGCGUGCCCGUCUGAAGCUGAUGUUGGUGGGGCUGCUUGCGCCAGAGCUUAUUGCGGGAUUCGCGCUCCGACAGCGUAUCAUCGCCCACCAUUUCUCUCGCAAGCUUUUCAUCUCAAAGACGCAUGCCUUCUUCAUCUGCAUGGGCGGCUUUGUCGACCGCAACGGCCACCCGCUUGUGACUCUACGCCAAAUUGUGGGCUCUUAUGGAUUCUACGACCUGGAAGACAUGCCCCUGCGCGACUUCCCGCCCGCCACCCUUGCCGCGAUCCAGACCAUCCCCCGCGCCGUGAUCGCUGACAAAAGCAAAGGAGACGUAUUCACCAAAGCCGUGGCGUUCAGCCAGGGCCUCUGGUUCGUUGUGCAGUCUCUUGCCCGUCUCGGACAGCGGCUUCCCCUCACCCAGCUGGAGGUUGCGACACUGGCGUUUUCGGCGGUGAAUAUCUUCACGUGGAUCUUGUGGUGGGACAAGCCGCUGGAUGUGAAAGAGCCCAUUGUCAUAUCUGUUGGCCCACAACCAGAUUUCGAUGGCGUCGAUGAGCUCGGCCGCCCACCCGUUGCUGUCCCGCUUACCCUGCGCUUCUACCGUCUUGUCGGCUUGCCAUACCCGAAGACGAGCUACAGCCCCACCAAGGCAUUCUCUGUCCCCACUUUCUGGUACGCAUCAUGGGGUGACUCUAUGAUCGACCUCGAGGCAAUCUCCCUCAUGGGACAGCUCUUCAUUGCUUGCUUAUUCGGGGCCAUCCACUGCGGCGCGUGGAACGCGGCUUUCCUCACCUACUUUGAACGCGAAAUGUGGCGCAUAGCGGCGGUCAUCCUCACGGGCGCACCGGUAUUGGCCAUCGGGGUGUUUCUCAUGGACUCUAUGCGCGGUGUCGACUUGGAAAAGGCGACGACGUUGGUCUUCAUGCCAUUUAUCGCAGUGAUAUAUGUCCUGACGCGUCUGAUCCUGUUGGGCCUGCCGUUUGCGGCCCUUCGCACGCUAUCACCCAAGGAUUACUUUGCUAUUGACUGGAGUAUAUAUAUACCACAUUUAUAG